AUGCUGUUUGCCAAUGUUUUCCACGUCAUAUCCCUUCUCCUUGUACCCACAGUCAUAGGCCAGACAGCCGUGUCAGUGACAUAUGACACCACAUACGACCUUGGAACCAAUUCUCUCAAUAUCGUUGCCUGUUCUAACGGCGUGAACGGACUCGAGAGCAAGGGUUACACGACCUUUGGCUCCCUUCCCAAUUUCCCAAACAUUGGCGGGUCGUUCGCUGUUCCAGGGUGGAAUUCAACUGGGUGCGGGACGUGCUGGAACGUGACGUACGAUGAUACUACCGUCACGGUUCUGGCAAUCGACACAGCCGAAGAUGGGUUCAACCUCUCGGAGGAGGCGAUGAACACGCUGACGGACAACCAGGCGGUUGCUCUGGGAAGCGUGACUGCCACAGCAGUGCAGGUCGACGCUUCGUUGUGCGGAUUACCGUGA